GCCCCGCCCCCGGACGCUGCGCGGCGGAGUGAGGAAGUGCACGCCGGCGGGACGCGGGGACCCAGUGGGAAGCCCUGGCCGCACCCUCUGCCCCUGGGAAAGCCGGCACACCCAGCGUCCCCGUGAGUCACCGUCACCGUCCGUAGGAGGCGGGAGGUGACACGCCAGUGACUCGCGGUGACCUCGGCUACAGGGAGCCACCAUGGUGCUCCGCGGCCUGGAGAAGAUGGUCCAGCUGCAGAAGAACCCCGCCAACAUCAGGAACAUCUGCGUGCUGGCCCACGUGGACCACGGAAAGACAACAUUGGCCGACUGCCUCAUAUCCAGCAACGGCAUCAUCUCCAGUCGCCUGGCCGGCAAGAUGCGGUACCUGGACAGCCGGGAGGAUGAGCAGGUGCGGGGCAUCACCAUGAAGUCCAGCGCCAUCUCACUGCACUACGCCAACGGGGACCAGGAGUACCUCAUCAACCUCAUCGACUCCCCGGGCCACGUGGACUUCUCCUCUGAGGUGUCGACUGCUGUGCGCAUCUGUGACGGCUGCAUUAUCGUGGUGGACGCUGUGGAGGGCGUGUGUCCACAGACUCAGGCGGUCCUGAGACAGGCCUGGCUUGAGAACAUCCGCCCUGUCCUGGUGAUCAAUAAGAUAGACCGUCUGAUUGUGGAGCUGAAGUUCACCCCGCAAGAGGCUUACGCCCACCUCAAGAACAUUCUGGAGCAGAUGAAUGCACUCACGGGAACUCUGUUUACUUCUAAAGUCCUAGAAGAGCGAGCGGACAGAGUGGGCGAGCCCAGAGGCCCGGCUGCAGAGCCCGGGGAGCAGCUGUACGACUGGAGCUCGGGCCUGGAGGACACGGACGACUCGCACCUCUACUUCUCCCCCGACCAGGGCAAUGUGGUGUUCACCAGCGCUGUCGACGGCUGGGGCUUCGGGAUCGAGCACUUCGCCAGCAUCUACAGCCAGAAGAUUGGCAUUCGGAAGGACGUCUUGCUGAGAACCUUGUGGGGGGAUUACUACAUCAACGUGAAGGCCAAGAAGGUCAUGAAGGCCGACCAGGCAAAGGGGAAGAAGCCCUUGUUCGUGCAGCUGAUUCUGGAGAACAUAUGGAGUCUGUAUGAGGCUGUCCUCAAGAGGGACAAGGAGAAGAUCGACAGGAUAGUGACGUCCCUGGGGCUGAGUAUCAGUGCGCGCGAGGCCCGGCACUCGGACCCCAAGGUGCAACUCAGCGCCAUCUGCAGCCAGUGGCUGCCCGUCUCACAGGCUGUGCUCGCCAUGGUGUGCCAGAAGCUGCCCAGCCCCCUGGAGAUGACCCCCGAGCGCGUGGAGAAACUCCUGUGCACAGGCCCCCAGACGUUUGACUCUCUGCCCCUGGAGACGCAGGCGCUGAAAGCAGCCUUCAUGAAGUGCGGGAGUGAAGACGCAGCCCCGGUCAUUAUCUUUGUCUCCAAGAUGUUUGCCAUUGACGCCAAGGCUCUACCUGAGAAUAAGCCCAGACCCCUCACGCAGGAAGAGAUGGCGGAGCGGCGAGAGCGUGCCCGGCAGCGCCACGCAGAGAAGCUGGCUGCCACGCAGGGGCAGGCCCCCUCGGACCCUCCCCAGGAGGGUGGUGCCCCCGGAACCAGUCCCCCAGCGGCGGCAGAGCCCGAAGGUGACCAGCGGCCGCUAGAGAGCGCGGCCCCCAGGCCUCCUCAGGAUGGGGACAGAGCGGAGUCUUUCAUCGCCUUCGCCCGAGUCUUCAGCGGCGUGGCUCGGAGAGGGAAGAAGAUCUUUGUCCUGGGCCCCAAGUACAGCCCUGCUGAGUUUCUGGAACAGGUGCCACAUGGCUUCUCAGCGGCGCUGAACGAGUUGCCCCCGGUGCCCCACCUGGCCUGCGGCACCCUGGAGCGCCUAUACCUGCUGAUGGGCCGGGAGUUGGAGGAGCUGGAGGAGGUGCCACCCGGGAACGUGCUCGGGAUCGGGGGCCUGCAGGACCUGGUGCUGAAGUCGGCCACCCUGUGCAGCUCACCCAGCUGCCCACCCUUCGUGCCCCUCAGCUUCGAGGCCACGCCCAUCGUGAGGGUGGCUGUGGAGCCCACGCACCCGAGCGAGAUGCCCCAGCUUGUCAGAGGCAUGAAGCUGCUGAACCAGGCUGACCCCUGCGUGCAGGUGCUGAUCCAGGAGACGGGCGAGCACGUGCUGGUCACUGCCGGGGAGGUCCACCUGCAGCGCUGCCUGGACGACCUGAGAGAGAGGUUUGCCAAGAUUCAGAUCAGCGUGUCCGAGCCCAUCAUCCCCUUCCGAGAGACCAUCACGAAGCCCCCCAGAGUGGACAUGGUCAACGAGGAGAUCGGCCGGCAGCAGAAAGUCGCCGUCAUCCACCAGACCAGGGAGGACCAGAGCCGGCUGCCCGAGGGCGUGCAGGUAGAUGCUGACGGGCUGGUCACCGUGAGCACACCCAACAGGCUGGCCACACUGGGCGUGCGGGCCCUGCCCCUGCCCGAGGAGGUCACUCGGCUUCUGGAGGCUCACGGCGACCUGAUCCGCCGCAUGGAGACCUGGACGUCCUCACUGUGUGAGGGCCGGGUCACUGGCGAGCUCCCCCAGAAGGUCCAGGAGCAGAUCCGGGAGUUCAGGGGCCAGCUGGAGCGACACCUGACCGGGCACAGGUGGCGGGACACCGUGGACCACAUCUGCUCCUUCGGGCCCCGCAAGUGCGGCCCCAACAUCCUGGUCAGCAGAAGCCACGCUUUCCAGGGCUCCGUGUGGCCGGAGGCGGCCCGAGAUGCCGGCCGCUUCCGGGACCUGGGCAACAGUCUGGUGAGCGGCUUCCAGCUGGCCACGCUGGCCGGCCCCAUGUGCGAAGAGCCGCUCAUGGGCGUCUGCUUCGUGCUGGAGAAGUGGGACCUGGCGGCCCCCGAGGCCCCAGCUGGAGAGCGAGAGAGGGAAGGCCAGGCCGGGGCUGGCGAGGGGGACCCAGACCCCGAGGCCAGCGGCGCCGGGCCCUGUGAGAAACAGUCGUUCCUGCGAGGAGAUGCCGCCCCCGCCGACUGCUACGGGCCCUUGUCUGGCCAGCUGAUCGCCACCAUGAAGGAGGCCUGCCGCUACGCCCUGCAGGUGAAGCCGCAGCGUCUGAUGGCCGCCAUGUACACCUGCGAUAUCAUGGCCACCAGCGACGUGCUGGGGCGGGUGUACGCCGUGCUGUCCAGGAGGGAAGGCCGAGUGCUGCAGGAGGAGAUGAGGGAGGGCACCGACGUGUUCACCAUCAAGGCCGUGCUGCCCGUGGCCGAGAGCUUCGGCUUCGCAGAUGAGAUCCGCAAGCGUACUAGCGGCCUGGCCAGCCCACAGCUGGUGUUCAGCCACUGGGAGGUCAUCCCCAGCGACCCCUUCUGGGUGCCAACCACAGAGGAGGAAUACCUGCACUUCGGGGAGAAGGCCGACUCCGAGAACCAGGCCCGCAAGUACAUGAACGCUGUGCGCAGGCGCAAGGGGCUGGCAGUGGAGGAGAAGCUGGUGGAGCACGCCGAGAAGCAGCGCACGCUGGGCAGGAACAAGUAGCCUCCCACACCUGCCC